AACCGUCUGUCAUUAUUCAGUCAGUAUGGAGCUCAGUCAACUUCCUCUUGUGCUCUUGCUGAUUUCAAACAUCCACUCUGGACACACUAAAGAUCCUCCCAAACCAACUCUGACUGUUGAGCCACAGAGUUCAGUGUUCACUGGAGACUCAGUUACUCUCAGAUGUGACAUAUAUGAUGAUGGAGUCACUAGCUGGAGGUACAGCUGGUAUAAAGGAAGUUCAUUUAGUUUUUUCAGUGAACUACAGGAACACACAUUCAGGUCUGUUUCUAAAUCUGAUGCUGGUAAAUACUCCUGUUAUGGAGCAGAGAUUGAAGGAUCACGACGCAGCUCGCACUUCAGUAAUGAAGUUACACUGACAGUAUCAGAUCCCAGAGCAGUUUUAAGUGUUUCUCCUCAGAAGUGGUUGACUGAAGGAGAUCCAGUGACUCUGAUCUGUGAGGUUAACGGCUCCUCUACAGGCUGGACAUUCAGCUGGUUCACUCAAACUGUAACUGGCUCAUCAGACCUCAGAGUUCGUUAUGAGCUCCUCUCAGACAGCAGCAGAAGAUCUGGAGGAAAAUACACUGUCAGUUCUGCUGCUCUAAACCACACAGGAGUUUAUGUAUGUAGAGCAGAGAGAGAAAAAACAGCCUAUAAAACAAAAUACAGCAACAAACAACUACUGUGGGUCACUGGUGUUUCUCCUCCAGUGUCUCUGAUCAUCAGUCCCAGCAGAACUCAACACUUCACAUUUGUCUCUCUCUCUCUGAGCUGUGAGAACAAGAGUAACUCUGAUGGAUGGACAGUCAGAAGAUACACAGACAGUCGGGGGCUGGAAGAUUGUUCAUCAUCAGUGUUUGGAUCACAAACAGAAUCUACAUGUACAAUCAGCUCCACCAGAAUAUCACACACUGGAGUGUACUGGUGUCAGUCUGAAUCUGGAGCAAAGUCUCAUCCUGUUAAUAUCUCUGUGCACUCUGGUGUGAUUCUGGAGAGUCCUGUUCAUCCUGUGACUGAAGGAGAUAAUCUGACUCUACACUGUUUAGAUAAACAUACAAACCCAUCAAUCCUCAGAGCUGAUUUCUAUAAAGAUGGAUCACUCAUCCAGAAUCAAACUACAGAGAUGAUCAUCCCUACUGUCUCAAAGUCACAUGAGGGUUUCUACUACUGCAAACACCCAGAGAGAGGAGAGUCGCCCAAGAGCUGGAUCUCAGUCAGAGUUUCUCCAGCCUCAGGAUCUGAUGGUCUCAAACAACCUGUGAUAAUUGGAGUGACUGCAGGACUGACUGUUGUAUUUUUGAUCGUUGUCUUCUUGGUCCUGCUGUGGCACUACAGAAACAACAAAGGUGGAAGAUCUGAGUCUCCCUCUGCUGUCAGUCAACAGCAGAACAUCAGUCAGACAUCAGAGCAGAACCAGAGUGAAGACGGAUACAAGACACUGCUGUCUGGAACUGCACACGUCUAUGACUCAGUUGACACAACUAUUAAUAGAGACAGAAGCACAGACGGUGAAAGUGGACCGACUGAGAUCACAUAUGCUGAGAUUGAACUCAAAUCUACAAACAAACAGAAGAAAGAGAAAGAAAACAAAGUCAAAAACACUGAGAGUUGUGACGGCCUGUACUCUGAACUGAAGCUGGAAACAGAUCAAGGUGCUGGAUCUAGUGAAGUUACGUAUGCUCAGGUUAAAUAAAGAUGCCUGGAGUAGAAACUUCAAUCCCAGGAUACUGAUGAGUUUACUGCAGCUUGAGAAGUGAAUGACCAGGAUCAUCAAGGCAAUAGAUUUAGCAGAACUCACUGUAAUAUUAGCAAUCCUAAAUGUGCUUCAGAGACAAUGCUUGUUAAUAUUUGAAAAGCAAUGAGAAAUUAUUAGCUU